AUGGAGUUUCAGAUGAAUCGGGAAUCGGAAGUUCUCAGGAAUCAAAAGGAAUUUCAGAGAUUUCGGAAAAAGUUGUUUGAAGUGCACCUUAAACCUGGAAAAGUUAUCGCGAAGAAAUUUGAAAACUACAUUGACGAGAAUGAAUACGAAAUGCCAUCGUCUGACGAUAUUCGGCCACCGCACGCCGACGGGACUGCAGCCCUGAGCGCGUUGGAAACGAAUGAAGCCACCGCGGAUGCCGAUGAUGUAACCACCACCGUGGACGUAACCACCGCCAAAGAUCUAGAGUUGGCCAAGGACGGCGAUAAAGAAUCGCAACAUGGAGUGGAGUCGACCGCGUGGAUGGCUGGCAUACUUGACGAUAGCGCCGCGGCGAUCGCUGAUUAUCACCGUGAAUCGUUUAAGGAAACUCCCAUAGCCGGUUAUGACGACGACGACGACGAUGACGAUGAUGAUGACUAUGGGGAUGCCCAUGACGACCAUGCUGACGUAAACGAAAAUGCACAUGAGGAGAUGAAACUGGAAUGCGAGUCUGUUACAGAUUAUGAACGCGCUGGAACGAGCCUUCGGGAAAUGCCGUCCCUCGACUACAGUCUCGACUCCAAAGACCCGUUUGCCGUAUCACGGUUGAUCGGGACGUCAGAGCUGACCGUCUACGAAGCGUUCGGGGCGGCGUGCGUGUUGGGCAUAUGGGUCGACCGUAUCGGCUUGAUGGACGCGAUGGACGGGACGGGAACACUGCGCGACUUAGACCGUCAUCCACCCUCCACCGCCACUGACGACGAGGAGCCCGAUACCACGUCGGACCGCGGUAAGGUUACCAAGUUGCUGGCGUUUGUGAGGGACACUCUCCGGCUGACAGUCCAGGAGUUGUGGUCGAGCGGGACGUACGACGAGCUGCGCCUGGUCAAUAACACGAUGCUUAGGGCGGUGCGCGAAGAACGACAACUAGAAGCGGAGUUGGCGUACAACCGGAACUCGUUAAGCGUUUUGCGGGUCACGAUAAAAGAACGGAAGAAACAUUACAACACUGAUAAAUGGCGCAUUCAAUCGGAUAUAAGCAAUUUAGACAAAAAGUUAGAGAAAACCAAGAAGCUAAUAGAUUUAGAAGCCGAUUAUAUACAGUCGUGGGAAAUGCAAUGUUUGAACGAGAAUGACGAGUUAUUAAAAGAAGAGGCAAACCGUCUCCGUCAGCCGAUACAACUACACGAUAGCACAGCUAUAGCAAAAAAUGUUAUAUUCCCUGAAUUAAUAGCAAACAUAGGUCUCAUUUUAGAAAAGUGGGAACGAAUGUAUGACAUACAAGUGAGCGCUAUCGACGUAGACACGUUGACUCUAGAAAGUGAAGAAGAACAAGAAAACGACAAGAUAAAAAAUUUGCAAGAAAUCUGCGACUGGAUGCAAAUUACAAUAGAUGAAUUCGAAGAACGUAAACAAAAAUACGAGGAGCGCAUAAGGUACGAAGCUCACAUUAAUAUGAUGGCCACUAGGAUACAAGCGUUCUGGAGAGGUACAAUGGUGAGGAGAUUUUUGGGUCGUUACAAAUAUCUAAGGAAACUAUUCGGAAAAAAAUUAAAGAAAAGAAACAAAUCAAAAAAAAAUAAAUUGAAAAAAAAAUGA